AUCCGCUUCAUUGUCUGCGCGAGUCGGUUCGGCCUCGUAUUCGUUUAAAGAGCGAAUCGGUGUCGGAUUUAGGAAAAAUUCUGGACUUUAUUUUUUAGGUUGAUUUGGAGGUCAAUGACCAGGCCUCUUGUUUAAUCAGCGUUCUCGUGAAAAAAUAAAAACCCUUCCGAGAGAUCCACUCGGCUUUCUGGUGUUUAUUUCUUUGUAAAUACUCUUAUUUGUAUAUACUGUAAAUGAUGACAUCAGUAGGAGGCAACCGGAACCGGGCUAACUGGGAGCAGACACAGACACAGAGCCAGUCACAGCACAAGCAGAGGCCUCAGGCCACCGCUGAGCAGAUCCGACUCGCGCAGAUGAUCUCGGACCACAACGAUGCUGACUUUGAGGAAAAGGUCAAGCAGCUAAUUGACAUCACUGGAAAGGACCAAGACGAGUCCAUGAUCGCGCUGCACGACUGUAACGGAGACGUGAACAGAGCCAUCAACGUGCUGCUGGAGGGCAGCCCCGACACCGACUCAUGGGAAAUGGUGGGAAAGAAGAAGGGGGUGUCGGGCCAGAAGGAAAUCGCACAGACAGAAGGAGGAGACGAAGGGAAGGAGAAUCGAGAGAGAGGAGGAGAGAGGGACGUCGCACGUCGUAGAGGAGGAGCUCCGAGGAGGGGGCGUGGCAACAGCCGUGGACGAGAGUUCCGUGGACAGGAGAACGGUGUGGACGGCUCUAAAGUAGGCGGCGUAGCGGGCAGAGGGACGGAGCGCGGCCGCCGAGGACGAGGCCGAGGAAGAGGUGGCGCUGGCAGGAGAGGGGGGCGGUUUUCAGCUCAGGGCAUGGGUACGUUUAACCCAGCAGACUACGCUGAGCCGGCGCAGACGGAGGAGAGCUAUGCCAUGGGAAGCACUUGGAGCAACACGGGGAACUUGGAGCCGGAAGACGGUGCCAGACUCGAGUUUCCUGCAGGUGAAGGAACAAAUUGCGCACGGAAGUUCGACUCUGCUCCCGGUGCGUGGCGAACCCCGACAGAGGAGUGGGGCACUGAGGACUGGACUGAGGAUCUGUCUGAGACGAAGAUCUUCACCGCCUCCAGCGUGGUGUCCGUGCCCAUGCCUCAGGAGAACGUUACCAUAACAGCUGGACAGAGGAUUGAUUUAGCAGUGCUACUGGGGAAAACACCAACCUCGUCCUCUUCCGAGACAGAGUCUGCUCCGAUAGACGCGUCUCAGCCCCCGUCUCUAUCCCAGUCUUUGGUGUUUAGUAACUCCAAGCAGUCUGUCCCGCUCUCCCAGCCUUCCUCCAGCUCCUCGUAUAAUCAGCACAGCAUGGUGAGCAUGCUCAGUAAGGGUUUCGGUGAAGUGGGCGACUCUAAAGGCACCAGUGGGAACUCCACCACUGGCUCCCAGUUUCUGGAGCAGUUCAAGACGGCGAAAGCUCUGGCCCAGCUGGCGGCGCAGCACUCUCAGAGCGGCCCGUCCAGCACCGGGCCCUCCAGCUGGGAGUCCGGUCCCGCUUCCCUGGCACAGUACGAUCUAAAGUCUCAGACGGACACAGCGGGCCUCGGCCCCUUCACCAAGCGGCAGCCGUACCAGCCCGCCUCCUCUAGUGCGUCCUCCAUGAUGGACGCCUUCCUGCAGGAGAAAGGUCCCAUCCCCUCCACCACCUCGUCCCAGCCCACCCCGUCGCCCUCUCUGGCCCAAACUGUCUCUGCUCCGAAGCCCCCGGGCCCCGUGGUGAGCCAGCAGCCGAUCCCCUCGGGUCCCGCCGAGUCCCAGGCCUCCAGCCCUCUCCCUCUACAGCAGCAUAAACUCAAACACCAAAAGAAGAGAACCUCCAUCUCCACCAAGAUCCCGGCUUUAGCGGUGGAGAUGCCCGGUUCAGCAGACAUUCCCGGACUCAACCUGCAGUUUGGAGCGUUACAGUUCGGCUCCGAGCCCGUCCUGGCGGAGUACGACACCGCGGCUGUAGCCACCACGACACCCGGCAGCGUCACGCAGAACAGCCUCUACACCAGCGCCAGCAGUGAGCAGGGUCCUGCUCUGUCCAACGCCUCUCAGAUGGAGCUGUACGAGCAGAGAGCGAGCCAGACCCGGCGCUACCCGCCCUCCGUGUCCUCGUCCCCACAGAAAGACCUGCAGCCCAAGAACGGGUUCGGUUCCAUUCAGACGACGCAGUCUCUGGAAGCUGCAGCAGGCUCUGCAGUGUCCGUGAAGCCGGCGUCUGACUCGAACGUUCCCUCCACCGUGUCCAACAUGGCCUCCAUGUCUGAGCCGCCCUCAGGCCCCGUCUCCCUCCUGACGUCCUCCAGUCAGACGCCUCUGGCUCCACUUGGACAUGAAGACCCCUCGUCGAACACACUCCCUCCUCCACAACACAACAGUUCCCUUUCCACACCGCAGAGCAGCCUGACUCCCUCCACAGUGCGCACUUCCAACACAAGCUUACUGCAUCCAAAUGUGGACGGCGACUCGAGCCUGCACUCGUCUUCCUUCUCUGCAGUGGCCCCGUCUGCCGUUCCCCCUUCCUCCACGGUCUCUUCCUGUUCCUCCUCGGCUCCCGUCCCUCACAGCGCUCCCGUUCCUCUCUCCUCCGCCUCGGUCAGCGCCGCAUCCGCUCAGGUCAGUCUGGGUCCGGUCAGUAGUCUGGCCAUGGGCCUAAACAGUGCGGGCGGAGUCGCCUCCAUCGUCCCUCCCGCUGCUGCCGCGUCUUCAUCGUCGGCGAUAUUGGCGUCGGCCGCACCAUCGUCAGCUUCGUCACGCAGCACCGCUGCCUCAGGGAAAGCGCCUCCGAAUCUGCCUCCUGGAGUCCCUCCUCUCCUGCCCAACCCCUACAUCAUGGCUCCUGGCCUGCUCCACGCGUACCCGCCCCAGGUCUACGGCUACGAUGAUCUGCAGAUGCUCCAGACGAGGAUACCACUGGAUUACUACAGCAUUCCGUUCGCUACUCCGACGACGGCACUGACGGGCAGAGACGGCAGUUUGACCAGCAACCCGUAUUCAGUAGCUGGUGACCUGACGAAGUUCGGUCGUGGGGACACGUCCUCUCCAGCUCCGGCCACCACGCUGGCCCAGGCCCAGCAGAGUCAGACCCAAACUCACCACACCACGCAGCAGCCCUUCCUGAACCCGGCUCUGCCCCCAGGCUACAGCUACACCAGCCUGCCCUACUACACGGGCGUGCCCGGUCUGCCCAACACAUUCCAGUACGGCCCUGCCAUGUUCCCGGUGGCGCCUACGUCCUCCAAACAGCACGGUGUGAACGUGGGAGUCAGCGCGUCGGCCACAGCCUUCCAGCAGGCGAGCGGAUACGGAUCCCAUGGAUACAGCACUGGCUAUGAGGAUUUGGGCCAGGCUUCCGCAGGGAGCGGGGAUUUCUGUAAGGGCGGCUACGGCAACGCUGUGGCUGCUGCCGCCGCCGCCGCCGCUGCUUCUGCUCAAAACAAACCGGCCAGCUCAGUCACCGCGCCCGGAGUGGGAGUCUCUGUUACAUCCAGCAACACGGGUGUCCCUGAUAUUUCAGGGUCUGUUUACACAAAGACACAGUCGUUUGAGAAGCAGGGUUAUCACGCGGCAGCGGCACCGGGCGCCUCGUUCAGCGUGCCCUCAGCACUGGGCAGCGGUGGCCCCAUCAACCCCCCCGCCGCCGCCCCCUACCCUCCCGCCCCCUUCAUGCACAUCCUCGCUCCUCAUCAGCAGCCCCACUCACAGAUGCUGCACCACCACCUACAGCAGGACGCUCAGGCCGGCUCGGGACAGCGAAGUCAAAACGCUUCCAUCCAGCAGAAGUCCCAGAUCAACAAGUCGACCUACAACAGCUACAACUGGGGGGGCAACUAACCUGCCCUUUGUUUCCAAUCCGCUCUACACACACACACA